ACUGGUACAGUAUGGCCGCGGCUACUCUGAAGAAGUUUAAGACGCUCGUUCCGCUUAAUUACAAAGGAGGUGACUCCUUUGAAAUUGCUGGAGAGACUGAACUGCCCUCGUGGUUCCGCGUCGAGUCACUGGUACUACCAAAAAGAAUCCAGGUGGAACCUUGGCUCCUGGAACACAUGUUUGGUGAGGACGGAGAUUACAUCCUGCAUAUUGAAAGUAUGAUGCGUGCCGCGAUUCAUGUGAACGUCUGGGGCCAUGAAAAGCGAGCUGAUAUUUGGAUAUUCGGAGUGCCUAAGUUACAAAGGGAAGUUGCGGCGAUGCUCAAUGACCUGGCUCACGAUGCCCGUUGGAAACUGAUGGAAGCUGAGGCUCUGGAGGCUGGAAUUGAGCGUCGUGCUCUUGAGGAAGCCCGUCGUCGUCAGGCUGCUGCCCAGCACGCUCCCGUGACAGUCCCCGAGGCUGCCACCGAGCCUGCUCCCGUGACAGUCCCCGAGGCUGCCACUGAGCCCGCUCCAGCGACUGCCGGUGAUGCUGCCACCAAGCCCGCUCCAGCGACUGCCGGUGAUGCUGCCACCAAGCCCACUCCUGUGACGGUCCUCGAGGCAGAGGCUGGCGAGGCUGCCACCCAGCCUGCUCCCCUGACAGUCAGCGAGGCUGCCUCUGAGCCUGCCACCAAGCCUGCUCCCGUGACGGUCCCCGAGGCUGGCACCAAACCCGCUCCCGUGACCAUCAGCAAGGCUGCCACCGAGCCCACUUCCGUGACGGUCCUCAAAUCGGCGGCUGGCGAGGCUGCCAUCCAGCCUGCUCCCGUGACGGUCCCCGAGGCUACCACCAGGCCCGCACCAGGGAAGGCUGGCGAGGUUGCCACUGAGCCUGCUGCAGUGAAGCUCCCUGAGGCUGCCACAGAGCCUGCUCCAGCGAAGGCCUGCAAGGCUGCCACCGAGCCCGCUCCCGUGACAGUCAGCGAGCGUGCUCCCGAGACUGCAGGUGAGGCUGACAACAAGCCCACUCCGGUGACAGUCAGCAAGGCUGCCACCGAGCCCACUCCGUUGACAGUCAGCAAGGCUGCCACUGAGCCCACUCCCGUGACAGUCCUCAAGGCUGCCACCAAGCCUGCUACCAAGCCCACUCCCGUGACAGUCCCCAAGGCUGCCACCGAGCCCACUCUGGUGACAGUCAGCAAGGCUGCCACCGAGACCACUCCGGUGACAGUCAGCAAGGCUGCCACCGAGCCCACUCCGGUGACAGUCAGCAAGGCUGCCACCGAGCCCACUCCGGUGACAGUCAGCAAGGCUGCCACCGCGCACGCUCCUGUGAUGGUCCCUGAGGCUGCCACUAAGCCUGCUCCCAUUACGGCAGGUGAGGCUGCCACUGAGCCCACUCCCGUGACAGUCCCCGAGGCUGCCACCGAGCCCGCUACUGUGACCGAGUCUAUUCCAGCGAUGGUGGGCAAGACUGCCCCCAAGCCUGCUCCCAUGACCGAGCCCACUCCAGCGACGGUCACCGAGGGUGCCACCAGGCCCGCUCCAGGGAAGGACGGCGAGGUUGCCACUGAUCCUGCUCCAGUGAAGAUCCCGGAGGUUGCCACCGAGCCCUCUCUGGUGACAGUCAGCCAGGCUGCCACCGAGCCCACUCCGGUGACAGUCAGCCAGGCUGCCACCGAGCCCACUCCGGUGACAGUCAGCAAGGCUGCCACCAAGCCCACUCCGGUGACAGUCAGCAAGGCUGCCACCGAGCCCACUCCGGUGACAGUCAGCAAGGCUGCCACCAAGCCCACUCCCAUGACAGUCCACAAGGCUACCACCGAGCCUGCCACCAAGCCCACUCCCGUGACAGUCCCCAAGGAUGCCACUGAGCCUGCCACCAAGCCCACUCCCGUGACAGUCCCCAAGGCUGCCACCGAGCCCGCUACUGUGACCGAGCAUAUUCCAGCGAUGGCGGGCAAGACUGCCCCCAAGCCUGCUCCCAUGACCGAGCCCACUCCAGCGAAGGUCACCGAGGGUGCCACCAGGCCCGCUCCAGGGAAGGAUGGCAAGGUUGCCACUGAUCCUGCUCCAGCGAAGAUCCCGGAGGUUGCCACAGAGCCCACUCUGGUGACAGUCAGCAAGGCUGCCACCAUGCCCACUCCGGUGACAGUCAGCAAGGCUGCCACCGUGCCCACUCCGGUGACAGUCAGCAAGGCUGCCACAGAGCCCACUCCGGUGACAGUCAGCAAGGCUGCCAGCGAGCCCACUCCGGUGACAGUCAGCAAGGCUGCCACAGAGCCCACUCUGGUGACAGUCAGCCAGGCUGCCACCGAGCCCACUCCGGUGACAGUCAGCCAGGCUGCCACCGAGCCCACUCCGGUGACAGUCAGCAAGGCUGCCACCGAGCCCACUCUGGUGACAGUCAGCAAGGCUGCCACUGAGCCUGCCACCAAGCCCACUCCAGUGACAGUCCCCAAGGCUGCCACCGAGCCCGCUACUGUGACCGAGCAUAUUCCAGCGAUGGCGGGCAAGACUGCCACCAAGCCUGCUCCCAUGACCGAGCCCACUCCAGCGACGGUCACCGAGGGUGCCACCAGGCCCGCUCCAGGAAAGGACGGCAAGGUUGCCACUGAUCCUGCUCCAGUGAAGAUCCCGGAGGCUGCCACAGAGCCCACUCUGGUGACAGUCAGCAAGGCUGCCAGCGAGCCCACUCCCGUGACAGUCAGCAAGGCUGCCACCGUGCCCACUCCGGUGACAGUCAGCAAGGCUGCCAGCGAGCCCACUUCGGUGACAGUCAGCAAGGCUGCCACCGAGCCCACUCCGGUGACAGUCAGCAAGGCUGCCACCGAGCCCACUCCGGUGACAGUCAGCAAGGCUGCCACCGAGCCCACUCCGGUGACAGUCAGCAAGGCUGCCACCGCGCACGCUCCUGUGAUGGUCCCUGAGGCUGCCACUAAGCCUGCUCCCGUUACAGCAGGUGAGGCUGCCACUGAGCCCACUCCCGUGACAGUCCCCAAGGCUGCCACCGAGCCCGCUACUGUGACCGAGUCUAUUCCAGCGAUGGCGGGCAAGACUGCCCCCAAGCCUGCUCCCAUGACCGAGCCCACUCCAGCGACGGUCACCGAGGGUGCCACCAGGCCCGCUCCAGGGAAGGACGGCGAGGUUGCCACUGAUCCUGUUCCAGCGAAGAUCCCGGAGGUUGCCACAGAGCCCACUCCGGUGACAGUCAGCCAGGCUGCCACCAUGCCCACUCCGGUGACAGUCAGCCAGGCUGCCACCCAGCCUACUCCGGUGACAGUCAGCCAGGCUGCCACCGUGCCCACUCCGGUGACAGUCAGCCAGGCUGCCACCGUGCCCACUCCGGUGACAGUCAGCCAGGCUGCCACCGAGCCCACUCCGGUGACAGUCAGCCAGGCUGCCACCGAGCCCACUCCGGUGACAGUCAGCAAGGCUGCCACCGAGCCCACUCCGGUGACAGUCAGCAAGGCUGCCACCACGCACUCUCCUGUGAUGGUCCCCGAGGCUGCCACUAAGCCCGCUCCCGUGACAGUCCCCGAGGCUGCCACUGAGCCUGCCACCAAGCCCGCUCCCGUGACAGUCCCCGAGGCUGCCACUGAGCCUGCCACCAAGCCCGCUCCCGUGACAGUCCCCGAGGCUGCCACUGAGCCUGCCACCAAGCCCGCUCCCGUGACAGUCCCCGAGGCUGCCACUGAGCCUGCCACCAAGCCCACUCCCAUGACAGUCCCCGAGGCUGCCACCGAGCCCGCUACUGUGACCGAGCCUAUUCCAGCGAUGACGGGCAAGACUGCCACCAAGCCUGCUCCCAUGACCGAGCCCACUCCAGCAAAGGUCACCGAGGGUGCCACCAGGCCCGCUCCAGGGAAGGAAGGCGAGGUUGCCACUGAGCCUGCUCCAGUGAAGAUCCCAGAGGUUGCCACCGAGCCCACUCCGGUGACAGUCAGCCAGGCUGCCACCCAGCCCACUCCGGUGACAGUCAGCCAGGCUGCCACCCAGCCUACUCCGGUGACAGUCAGCCAGGCUGCCACCGAGCCCACUCCGGUGACAGUCAGCAAGGCUGCCACCGAGCCCACUCCGGUGACAGUCAGCAAGGCUGCCACCGCGCACGCUCCUGUGAUGGUCCCUGAGGCUGCCACUAAGCCUGCUCCCGUUACAGCAGGUGAGGCUGCCACUGAGCCCACUCCCGUGACAGUCCCCGAGGCUGCCACCGAGCCCGCUACUGUGACUGAGCCUAUUCCAGCGAUGGCGGGCAAGACUGCCCCCAAGCCUGCUCCCAUGACCGAGCCCACUCCAGCGACGGUCACCGAGGGUGCCACCAGGCCCGCUCCAGGGAAGGACGGCGAGGUUGCCACUGAUCCUGUUCCAGCGAAGAUCCCGGAGGUUGCCACAGAGCCCACUCCGGUGACAGUCAGCCAGGCUGCCACCAUGCCCACUCCGGUGACAGUCAGCCAGGCUGCCACCCAGCCUACUCCGGUGACAGUCAGCCAGGCUGCCACCGUGCCCACUCCGGUGACAGUCAGCCAGGCUGCCACCGUGCCCACUCCGGUGACAGUCAGCCAGGCUGCCACCGAGCCCACUCCGGUGACAGUCAGCCAGGCUGCCACCGAGCCCACUCCGGUGACAGUCAGCAAGGCUGCCACCGAGCCCACUCCGGUGACAGUCAGCAAGGCUGCCACCACGCACUCUCCUGUGAUGGUCCCCGAGGCUGCCACUAAGCCCGCUCCCGUGACAGUCCCCGAGGCUGCCACUGAGCCUGCCACCAAGCCCGCUCCCGUGACAGUCCCCGAGGCUGCCACUGAGCCUGCCACCAAGCCCGCUCCCGUGACAGUCCCCGAGGCUGCCACUGAGCCUGCCACCAAGCCCGCUCCCGUGACAGUCCCCGAGGCUGCCACUGAGCCUGCCACCAAGCCCACUCCCAUGACAGUCCCCGAGGCUGCCACCGAGCCCGCUACUGUGACCGAGCCUAUUCCAGCGAUGACGGGCAAGACUGCCACCAAGCCUGCUCCCAUGACCGAGCCCACUCCAGCAAAGGUCACCGAGGGUGCCACCAGGCCCGCUCCAGGGAAGGAAGGCGAGGUUGCCACUGAGCCUGCUCCAGUGAAGAUCCCAGAGGUUGCCACCGAGCCCACUCCGGUGACAGUCAGCCAGGCUGCCACCCAGCCCACUCCGGUGACAGUCAGCCAGGCUGCCACCCAGCCUACUCCGGUGACAGUCAGCCAGGCUGCCACCGUGCCCACUCCGGUGACAGUCAGCCAGGCUGCCACCGUGCCCACUCCGGUGACAGUCAGCCAGGCUGCCACCGAGCCCACUCCGGUGACAGUCAGCCAGGCUGCCACCGAGCCCACUCCGGUGACAGUCAGCAAGGCUGCCACCGAGCCCACUCCGGUGACAGUCAGCAAGGCUGCCACCACGCACUCUCCUGUGAUGGUCCCCGAGGCUGCCACUAAGCCCGCUCCCGUGACAGUCCCCGAGGCUGCCACUGAGCCUGCCACCAAGCCCGCUCCCGUGACAGUCCCCGAGGCUGCCACUGAGCCUGCCACCAAGCCCGCUCCCGUGACAGUCCCCGAGGCUGCCACUGAGCCUGCCACCAAGCCCGCUCCCGUGACAGUCCCCGAGGCUGCCACUGAGCCUGCCACCAAGCCCACUCCCAUGACAGUCCCCGAGGCUGCCACCGAGCCCGCUACUGUGACCGAGUCUAUUCCAGCGAUGGUGGGCAAGACUGCCCCCAAGCCUGCUCCCAUGACCGAGCCCACUCCAGCGACGGUCACCGAGGGUGCCACCAGGCCCGCUCCAGGAAAGGACAGCGAGGUUGCCACUGAGCCUGCUCCAGUGAAGAUCCCGGAGGCUGCCACCGAGCCCACUCCUGUGAUUGUUUUCGAGGCAGCGGCUGGCAAGGCUGCUGCCGAGCCCACUCUAGUGACAGUUAGCGAGGCUGCCACCCAGCCCACUCCCAUGAAGGUCCCCGAGGCUGCCACCAGGCCCGCUCCAGCGAAGGUCCCCGAGGCUGCCAUCAAGCCUGCUCCUGUGACGGCCAGAGAGGCUGCCACGGAGCCCGCUCUAGCGAUGGCCAACAAGGAUGCCACCAAGGCUGCCACCGCUCCCUCGACAGCAAGUGAGGCUGCCACUGAGCCCACUCCUGUGAAGGUCCUCGAAGUGGCUGGUGAGGCUGCCACCCAGCCCGCUCCCGUGACUGUUCUCGAGGUGGAGGCUGGCAAGGCUGCUGCCAAGCCCACUCCUGUGACAGUUCCCGAGGCUGGCACCAAGCCCACUCCCGUGACGGUCCCAGAGGCUGCCACCGCGCCCUCUUCAGCGACAGCCAGCGACGCUGCCACUGAGCCCACUCAUGUGACCAUCUGCAAGACUGCCAUCAGGCCCUCUCUAGUGACAGCCAGCAAAGCUGCCACCGAGCCCGCUCCAGCGAAGGUCCCCGAGGCUGCCACCGAGCCCGCUCCAGCGAAGGUCCCCGAGGCUGCCACCGAGCCCGCUCCAGCGAAGGUCCCCGAGGCUGCCACCGAGCCCGCUCCAGCGAAGGUCCCCGAGGCUGCCACCGAGCCCGCUCCAGCGAAGGUCCCCGAGGCUGCCACCGAGCCCGCUCCAGCGAAGGUCCCCGAGGCUGCCACCGAGCCCGCUCCAGCGAAGGUCCCCGAGGCUGCCACCGAGCCCGCUCCAGCGAAGGUCCUCGAGGCUGCCACCGAGCCCCCUCCAGCGAAGGUCCCCCAGGCUGCCACCAGGCCCGCUCCGGUGAUGGUCAUCCAAGCAGUGGCUGGCAAGGCUGCCACCAAGCCCACUCCCAUGACAGUUCCCGAGGCUGCCACCGAGCCCACUCUAGGGAAGGUCCCCGAGGCUGCCACCGAGCCUGCUCCAGCGAAGGUCCCCGAGGCUGCCACCGAGCCCCCUCCAGCGAAGGUCCCCGAGGCUGCCACCGAGCCCCCUCCAGCGAAGGUCCCCCAGGCUGCCACCGAGCCCGCUCCAGCGAAGGUCCCCGAGGCUGCCACCCAGCCCGCUCCAGCGAAGGUCCCCGAGGCUGCCACCGAGCCCGCUCCAGCGAAGGUCCCCGAGGCUGCCACCGAGCCCGCUCCAGUGAAGGUCCCCGAGGCUGCCACCCAGCCCGCUCCAGUGAAGGUCCCCGAGGCUGCCACCCAGCCCGCUCCCGUGUCGGUCCCCGAGGCUGCCACCCAGCCCGCUCCCGUGUCGGUCCCCGAGGCUGCCACCCAGCCCGCUCCCGUGACUAUUCUCGAGAUGGCUGCUGGCAAGGCUGCCGCCAAGCCCACUCCCGUGACGGUCCCAGAGGCUGCUACUGAGCCCGCUCCCGAGAUGGUCCCCGAGGCUGUCACCGAGCCCCCUCCAGCGAAGGUCCCCGAGGCUGCCACCCAGCCCGCUCCCAUGACUGUUCUCGAGGCGGUGGCUGGCAAGGCUGCCACCGAGCCCGCUCCCGUGACAGUCAGCAAAGCUGCCACCGAGCCCGCUCUAGCGACGGCCAGCAAGGCUGCCACCAAGGCUGCCACCGCUCCCUCGACAGCAGGUAGGGCUGCCACCGAGCCCACUCCUGUGAAGGUCCUCGUAGUGGCUGGUGAGGCUGCCACCCAGCCUGCUCCCAUGACCCCCGAGGCUGCCGCCGAGCCCUCUCCCUUGAUGGCAGGUGAGGCUGCCACCCAGCCCACUCCUGUGAAGGUCCCAGAGGCUGCCACCGUGCCCGCUCCAGUGACGGUCCCUGAAGCUGCCACCGAGUCCGCUCCCAUGACAGUCAGCAAGGCUGCCACCAAGCCCAAACCUGUGACAGUCCCCGAGGCUGCCACCGAGCCCACUCCCGUGACUGCAGGUGAGGCUGCCACCGAGCCCGCUCCAGAGAAGGUCCCAGAGGCUGCCACUGAGCCCGCUCCCGUGACCAUCUGCGAGACUGCCACCAGGCCCACUCCAGCGACUGUCCCUGAGGCUGCCACCAGGCCCGCUCCAGCGACUGUCCCUGAGGCUGCCACCGUGCCCGCUCCAGCGACUGUCCCUGAGGCUGCCACCGUGCCCGCUCCAGCGACUGUCCCUGAGGCUGCCACUGUGCCCGCUCCAGCGACUGUCCCUGAGGCUGCCACUGUGCCCGCUCCAGCGACUGUCCCUGAGGCUGCCACUGUGCCCGCUCCAGCGACUGUCCCUGAGGCUGCCACUGUGCCCGCUCCAGCGACUGUCCCUGAGGCUGCCACCCAGCCCACUCGCGUGAUGGUCAGCGAGGCUGCCACCCAGCCCGCUUCCGUGACGGUCCCCGAGGCUGCCACCCAGCCUGCUCCCGUGACUGUUUUCGAGGCAGCGGGUGGCAAGGCUGCUGCCGAGCCCACUCCAGUGACAGUCAGCGAGGCUACCACUGAGCCUGCCACAAAGCCUGCCACCGAGCCCACUCCCGUGAAGGUCCCUGAAGCUGCAACCAAGCCCACUCCCAUGACAGUCAGCAAGGAUGCCACUGAGUCUGCCACCGAGCCCACUCCCGUGAUGGUCCCCGAGGCUGCCACCGAGCCCGCUCCCGUGAUGGUCCCCGAGGCUGCCACCGAGCCCGCUCCCGUGAUGGUCCCCGAGGCUGCCACCGAGCCCGCUCCCGUGAUGGUCCCCGAGGCUGCCACCGAGCCCGCUCCCCUGACAGUCAGCAAGGCUGCCACUGAGCCUGCCACCAAGCCCACUCCUGUGACAGUCCCCAAGGCUGCCACCGAGCCCACUCCCGUGACUGCAGGUGAGGCUGCCACCAAGCCUGCUCCAGAGAAGGUCCCCGAGGCUGCCACCCAGCCUGCUCCCGUGACUGUUUUCGAGGCAGCGGGUGGCAAGGCUGCUGCCGAGCCCACUCCAGUGACAGUCAGCGAGGCUACCACUGAGCCUGCCACAAAGCCUGCCACCGAGCCCACUCCCGUGAAGGUCCCUGAAGCUGCAACCAAGCCCGCUCCCAUGACAGUCAGCAAGGAUGCCACUGAGUCUGCCACCGAGCCCGCUCCCGUGAUGGUCCCCGAGGCUGCCACCGAGCCCGCUCCCGUGAUGGUCCCCGAGGCUGCCACCGAGCCCGCUCCCAUGAAGGUCCCUGAGGCUGCCACCGAGCCCGCUCCCGUGAAGGUCCCCGAGGCUGCCACCGAGCCCGCUCCCCUGACAGUCAGCAAGGCUGCCACUGAGCCUGCCACCAAGCCCACUCCUGUGACAGUCCCCAAGGCUGCCACCGAGCCCACUCCCGUGACUGCAGGUGAGGCUGCCACCAAGCCUGCUCCAGAGAAGGUCCCCGAGGCUGCCACCCAGCCUGCUCCAGAGAAGGUCCCCGAGGCUGGCACCGAACCCACUCCCGUGAUGGUCCCCGAGGCUGCCACCGAGCCUGCUUCAGUGAUGGUCGGCGAGGCUGCCACUGAGCCCGCUCCCGUGACCAUCUGCGAGACUGCCACCAGGCCCGCUCCAACCACUGUCCCCGAGGCUGCCACCGAGCCCGCUCCAGUGACGGCUGGCGAGACUGCUCCCGAGCCUGCUCCCGUGAUGGCCAGCAAGGCUGCAACCAAGGCUGCCACCGCUCCCUCGACAGCAGAUGAGGCUGCCACCGAGCCCACUCCUAUGAAGGUCCUCGAAGUGGCUGGUGAGGCUGCCACCCAGCCUGCUCCCGUGACCCCCCAGGCUGCCACCAAGCCCACUCCCUUGAUGACAGGUGAGGCUGCCACUGUGCCCGCUCCAGCGAUGGUCCCCGAGGCUGCCACCGAGCCUGCUCCAGCGACUGUCCCCGAGGCUGCCACCGAGCCCACUCCAGCGAAGGCCAACGAGGCUGCCACUGAGCCCGCUCCCGUGACAGUCCCCGAGGUUGCCGCCCACCCGGAUCCGGUGACGGUUCCCGAAGCUGCUGCCGAGCCUGCUCCCGUGGCAGCCAGCGAGGUUGCCACGGAGCCUGCUCCCACCGAGCCCGGUCCAGUGUCAUUCAGUGAGGCUACAGCCCAGCCGGAUCCCGUGGUGGCCGGCGAGGCUGCUGCCGAGCCUGCUCCCCAGGUUCUCUUGGUGGCAGGCAAGGCUGCAGCCCAGCCGGAUCCAGUGAAGGUCCCCGAGGCUACCUUCCAGCCAUCUCCCGUGAUGGCUGGAGAGGCUGCAGCCCAGCGGGAUCCAGUGAGGGUCAGCGAGGCUGCCACCAAGCCUGCUCCCGUGACGGCCAGAGAGGCUGCCGCCCAGCCGGCUCCAGUGCAGGUCCGUGAGGCUGCCCCGCAGCAGACUCCUGUGGAGGUCGCUUAUACUACCCGGUUGGCUCAGUUGAAGGCUAUUGAAGCCUUCACCCAGCACACUUCAGGGGAGGCCCAUCAGAUUGGCAAUGGGCAGUCUCCCAUUGAAGUCUGUGAGGCUGCCACCGGGCAGCAUUCUGUAGAUGCCUCCUCCGAGGCCUUGUCCCAGAAGUGUCCUGAGGCUUUUGAGUGGGGGACCCAGAGUUCUUUGGAUGACAGCUAUGUCAUAAUUCAGCUGCCAGAGGUUGACUGGGAGUCAUUUAUCAUAUUAUAAAUGCAUCUCUAUUGUGAGCCGGGAUAAAAAGUAUACAUACCUGCAAAUCUAGAACCUAGAAGCAGGGGGCUAGCUUGGGCUGAGUAAGGCAGUGGUCUUAAACCUCAGCCUGCCUAAGACUCCCUUCAUCUUUCUUUCUGGUUGUUUGUUUUUUUUUGCCCUAGGAAUUGGGAAGAACGGAGUAGAGCUGUUUUGUUUCCUCCUGUGUUAAA